UAACGGCAAGCUGGUUGCUGGUGAUGUCCCAGCGGUUCACCUCAGUGCUGAGCUGACAGCUGCUAGCCUGUAGCGGUGUGGGAGCCGCUCUAGUGGGUGGAGCUUGGAGAGGACAGAGACUUGGGGUUGUUCAUGUUGCAGGGGCAACCAUGGGCCUGAUGGCAGUUGUCUGCGUUGUGUGGGCUGAUGUUGAAGGAGCCCCUACUGAUGGCAAAAACCAGCUAGUUGGUGACAUGCUCUGCCUCGCUGGCUCUCUACUCUAUGCCAUGGUCACAGUUCUACAAGAGAUGAUGCUCACAACUCUAUCAUGCUCCGACUACCUAGCAUUCCUCGGUCUGAUCGGCAGUGUGGUAUCAUGUACCCAGACAUUCUUCCUAGAAUUCACAGAGUUAAUGGCAUUUAACUGGUAUGAUUUGGACACAAUAAUCCAGUUGGGUAGCUACUGCUCGGUCCAGACAAUAUUCCAGAUCUUACAGUGUUUUAUGCUGAGAGAUGCUGGGUCAAUAAUAUUGCAUUUAUCGUUCCUGUCGGCUGAUUACUAUACACUGAUCGCUGGGAUGUAUAUCUUUCAGUUUAAGUUCCACGCGCUAUAUUUCCUAUCGUACAUGCUGGCGAUGGUGGGAGUGUUUCUGUUCAGCGCUCGACCGACGCGCCAGCCGCCGCCGCAGCCCGACAGGUUGCCGCAGCUGGUCAACGACUCUGUGCAGUCGCAGGAUAAUGUUUCUAUGGAAUACACAGUACCAACACUAGACUGCAUACCUAUAGAAGGGUUGGAACCGCCAAUGAGUAGAGACACAACUUUCACUUCAUUCCUCGGGGGCCCGCAGGCUGUUCCCAACGGCACCGUCUCCUUUGCACAGAGUAACGGCGCGCAAACUAAAGAGGCCUGUUAAUAUAAGUGUUUAUGGUAAGACCUUAGAAUAAAACGCUGGAGAUCAAAGCAUUUAUAAUUAAGAUGAUACUUUUCUACCCUUAAAGAAGUUGAUAAUUGCAAUUAUUCAAUAACUCAAUCUGACAUUUCUAUUUGCUGUAAUAAAGUGGUCCAGUUGUCUUAAAAAUGUAUACACACCAAAUAUUUGAUCAUAUAAAGUUUUGUGAAAGUUUAUACCAUUCGAGCUUAUGUCAGUCAUGAAAAGAUAUACAUAUUUUCUACUAAAACAUUUAGAAAAAUAAGUGUUUUAUGUCAGUGUAAGUAACUGGCAAGACUAACAUCGAACGCUCAUCUCCAGCUGUAUUCUAAGUUAGAAAUAUAAUGAAUAAUACUUACGAAAUUAUAUAAGAAGCAGAUUUGUACCUUUCAUUGUACAGUUAAGGUACACGAGCAAAUGCUAUUCAAAUUUCGACCUUAUUACUAAAAGCAUAAGGUUGAUACACAUCGACUGUAGUUUAUUUAUUGUAUGACUUUGAUUAACAUUCCGCAUUCGUAUUAUUAAUACUCGAAGUAUUAGAAUAAUCGUUUUGUAAGGUCUAAAUCGUCCUAAGAAACCCAUUUUGUCAUAAUAUGGCUAGUCAUUUCCCAUGUAGUUGUAAGACAGACCGCCUUUUUGUAUUUUGUCAUUCUAAGAAUGUAAGUUUUAUUUAUUUAGCAGCAGUGAUGUAAAUACAUAAUUUGUUCCUAACAUGAGAUGCCAUUGUAUCUCAAUUCUAUUUUAUAGCUGCAAUAACACCAUGUAGAACGCACAAUAUAUUAGCUAUAUGUUAUCAUACCAAACUUUCAUAAUUACUAGGUAACCAGUCCUAGUUAUCUACACAAAAACUGCUUGAAUACGGAAAUUUUAUACUCCUUUUUAUGCCUGUACUAAAGAAAAUUUACUUAGGCAUACUAUGAAGCUAAUGCGUAAGAUUUUAAUUUUAAGUAUUAACAUUGGACUGGAAGAUUAUAGUGUAUUUAAAUACCUAAACAUGUAAUCAUUUCAAUAUAAUGUUUAAUCUCACCAAAUAUUAGGUAUAGUAACACUGACUACCUAGAAUACUAGUCAUAAAUAGUUUAGUAUAAAUAUAUUAGCGCACAUUAACGUUACAUAGUUCUAGACAUUUAUAUUUAAAUGCUCCAUUUUAUUAUACCUAGCAAUAACUGAGUAAUCUCGAUAUAAAGAAAACGAAAACUGCCACAUAUUCGAAUUUUGACUCAAUUUUUAUUCUCAAAUAUUAAAAUAGAAAUCUUUAUAUAACAUUUUGAAAUCUAGUUUCUAUGAAUUGUGAGAAAUUGUACCUAUCGAGAUUUUGUAAGAUUUAGAACGUUUAAACUUAGCGAAGGCUGACUGCAGGAUUUUGAUAUUUCACCGAAAUUAGGAAGUCCAACACUAUUUUUGUUUUGUAUCAGAAUAUGAUUCUUGAACUUUAUUGCUUAUUAAUAUUAUACUAGAGCAAUUUAUUACAGUUAUGCAUUUUCUCAACUUAUAUUGUUACACGAAUUCCGUUCCGAUAUUAUGUACUUUAGCAAAAUAUAUCUACUUGUUGAUAUUAUUUUAACUGAAAUUCUAGCGAAGUUAUUAUGACGCUCAAUUAUUAAAAGUAAGUAUUAAGAUUUUAAUAGUGAACAUUUUAGUCCAUUAGAUAAAUCUAUCAGUAAAUUGCGAUUGUAACUUUGGAAUUGACUAAUCAUUUUCAGUGUGUAUUUGUAAACUGAAAAGGUUGAGGUCUGUAGAAAAUAGGUAAAAUACCUAUAAUAAAAAACUAUGAGAAAUACGAUCAUGUGAAUCAGUAUUAAAUAACAGCUUUAAAAGACGAACGUUAAGAGCGAAGUUUGUUCAACCUUUUCAAUGUCCUCUACACAACUUGUAUUGUACACAUAGGUACUUAUUGUUUUAGAGUUUUUAACAAAUGAAGUUAUUUCACCAAUAUGAUGGUUGUGUUAUGUUAAUUGUAAAAUAUUUAAGCUAUUUAUUAAAUUGUUGCAUGUUAUUUAAACGCUAAACACAAUAAAAUGAUGUAUUAAAUAUUGAUUUUCUUGAAAUUAAAAUGCGAAUAAUUGAAA